CGACAGCAUAAAAAGACCGCCCAUAACGCUAUCGAACGUCGUUAUCGUAAUAAUAUCAAUGACCGUAUUGCAGAAUUAAAAAAUGCAGUACCUGCUCUUUUAUAUGCCAAGGUCAAAGAUAACAACGGCCGAAAACGAAAGAACGAUGAAGAGGACGACGGUGAAGACGGUGAAGAAUACCUUGACGGUGUCGCCGUAGCCACUAAACUCAAUAAGGCCACUAUCUUGAGGAAAGCUACCGAAUAUAUCAAUCACUUGAAAAAGACAGGUGAAGAUAUUAAGCGUGAAAACGAAGUGCUU